GACAAAACUAAAGUCCCUAAAUUGAAGCAUGUCCUUUAUAAACCUCAUGCCAGAUUGUUAAAAUUUUUCACAAUUGUUGGUUUACUUAUGAUAAUUUUUACUAAUAAAGUCUGUACUAGUGAUUUACGUAAGUUUACAAAAUGGGCAAAGCGAAAAAAAAUCGCAAAGGAGCAAAAGGCGACGACAGUGAGUCUGAGCCUGAGGUAGAAACGCAAGAAUCAACCGACAAAGCAAACAACAAAAAAAGUAAAGCCUCUAAGUCAAAGCAAAUCCAGAGUGAUAGCGAUGGUGAAGUGGCAAAAAAACCAGCCCCAAAACCGAAAAAAGAGAAGAAAGCCCAAUUGUCUGACGACUCAGACGAUGACCCAGUGCCAACUACAAAAGUCCAGAAAUCGUUUGCACUUCUGCAGGUGGAAGAUAGUGAACCUGAAGACCAUCCAACUAACGACGGUGAUAGUGAUAGUGAUGUUAAGGCUGUUAAAAAAGACACUAAAAAGAAAUCAAAUAAAAGCAGUGACGAAAACAGGACUAAAGAACCUAAAAAAGGGAAAAAAGCGCGAAGAAAACGCGACGAUAGUGACGAAGAUAUUGAAAAAGUAUUAGCGGAACUAGAAUUAGAAUAUUCAGGCGUGAAGAAAGAAGAUAUACCUAAAACCGAGCCAGAGAAACCGCCGGAAGAUAAGAAACCGAAAAAGAAGCAAAAUGAGAAAGCACCGUCAGAAGAAAAGGAAGAAACUGAAGAAGUGACAAGCACCGUCAAAACAGCGGCGCAGAAGAAGAAAGAGAAAAAGGAACGUGAAAAAUUGAAGAAAAUUGCAAAGAAAGAAGAAGUGAAGAAACAGGAUAGUGUGGAAGUCGAGGAGCAGAAACCCGAUGAGACAGUCACUGAACCAGUUGAGGAAGAAGGCGAAAAGGAGAGUAAAAAGAAGAAGAAAAAGGGCGCAAAAGAAGAAAAAGAAGCAAAAGAGCCCAAAAAAGGUCCUGGCAAGAAAACCAUUGCUGCAAUGCAAGAAGCAUUGAAGAAACUCAAAGAAGAGGAAGAGAAAUUAAAACGCGAGGAAGAAGAAAGGAUCAAAAGGGAGGAAGAAGCGGAAAAGGCCCGUCUUGAAGCAUUGCGACUCGAGCAAGAACGCAAAGAAAAGAAAAAACAAAAAGAAAAGGAACGCAAAGAAAGACUGAAAGCUGAAGGCAAACUUUUAACAGCCAAACAAAAAGCUGAUAGGGCAAGAGCUCAAGCACUUAUUGAUAGUUUGAAGGCCCAAGGGGUCGAACUGCCCGAUGUUGGAGUGAAAAAACCCAGACCUGGCACUAGAAUCAAGCCUUCAAAGCCUAAAAAAGAACAAAACGAAAGUGCCAAACCGGAAGAAGAAGAAGCAAAACCGGCGGAAGAAGCGGUUCCUGUUGCGGAACCGGAAGUACCGAAGGAAGAGCCUCCGAAAGAAGUGGAACCAGAGGAUGAUGUUAAAGACGCAUGGGAUGCUUCUUCAGAUGACGAAGAAUCGGAAGAAAACACACCGACAAAUAACGUUGGAACGAAAGUAGAAGAGAAGAAGGAAGCCGAGCAGGAGGAAGAGAGUUCAGAGGAGGAAUCCGAGUCGGGGAGUGAAGAUUCCGAAGAUGAAGAUGAGGAUGAUGAAGAGGAGGAAGAUGAUGGGAAAACAGCGGCGGAGAGGGCAAGAAACCGGGCAUUGGAACGAAUCAAAGCGAGGAAAGAAGCCGCUGAGAAAGCAAAAACUUUGGAUAAUUUACGGGCGGCAAUUGUGUGCGUUCUGGGUCAUGUCGAUACUGGCAAAACGAAAAUUUUGGACAAACUGAGACGGACUAACGUCCAAGACGGUGAAGCUGGGGGAAUCACCCAACAGAUCGGUGCUACAAAUGUUCCUAUAGACGCAAUAAAAGAGCAAAUCAAAAUUGUGAAAGGCGCGAGCGAAAUGGAUUUAAAAAUUCCGGGUCUCCUGAUUAUCGAUACACCCGGUCACGAGUCCUUCAGUAAUUUGCGAAGUCGUGGCUCAUCGCUGUGCGAUAUCGCAAUUCUGGUCGUUGAUAUAAUGCACGGUUUGGAGCCCCAAACCAUCGAGUCGAUUAACUUACUCAAAACAAAGAAAACCCCCUUCAUUGUGGCUCUCAACAAAAUCGAUCGUUUGUACGACUGGCAAACGAUGAACCGGAAAGACGUCCGUGAUAUAAUUAAGGCUCAAGCCUCCAACACUCAGCUCGAAUUUGAACAAAGAACGAAAGAAGUAAUCGUCCAGUUCGCAGAGCAGGGCUUGAACGCGGCCCUGUUUUACGAAAAUCCGGACGUUAGGAGUUACGUGUCCCUAGUACCAACGAGCGCAAUAACAGGCGAAGGGAUGGGUAAUUUACUGGCUCUUAUCGUGGAAUUCUGCCAAACAAAACUUCCGAAACGACUCAUGUACUCCGACGAGUUGCAAGCCACAGUCCUGGAAGUGAAAGCCAUCCCGGGGCUGGGCACAACCAUUGAUGUAAUCCUAGUCAAUGGUACUUUGCGCGAGGGUGACACCAUGGUGUGUGCGGGCACAGAUGGGGCCAUAGUGACCCAGAUCCGGUCUUUGCUCAUGCCCCAACCCUUGCGCGAGUUGAGGGUCAAAAACGCUUAUGUGGAAUAUAAAGAGGUCAAGGCGGCUCAAGGCGUGAAAAUCGCCGCUAAAGAGUUGGAAAAGGCCAUCGCUGGUUUGAAUCUCUUUGUUGCACAAAAGUCGGACGAAGUUGAGAUUUUGAGAGAGGAAGUUUCGCGCGAGUUGAAGUCCGCGCUGUCUAAUAUUAAAUUGCAGGAAAGAGGGGUUUACGUCCAAGCGUCGACUUUGGGCUCUUUGGAGGCGCUUUUGGAGUUCUUACGAACGAGUAAGAUUCCGUAUAGCGGGAUCCGCAUCGGCCCCGUGGUCAAGAAAGACGUAAUGAAGGCGUCCAUCAUGUUGGAACACGAAAGCCAAUACGCUACCAUUUUGGCGUUCGACGUGCGUGUCGAGCGCGAUGCUCAAGAACUCGCCGAUUCGCUCGGCGUUAAAAUUUUCCAAGCCGACAUUAUUUACCACCUCUUCGAUAAAUUUAUGGCCUAUCGUGAAGAAUUGAAACAGAAAAAACGCGAAGAGUUCAAACACAUUGCAGUUUUUCCUUGUAAAUUGAAAAUUUUGCCUCAGUUCGUGUUCAAUUCACGCGAUCCCAUCGUUGUGGGCGUGAUGGUCGAAGCCGGGAUCGUCAAAGAGGGCACCCCCAUAUGUGUGCCGAGCAAAGAGUUUGUGGAUUUAGGGGUUGUUACCAGCAUUGAAGUGAACCAUAAGCCCGUCGAGACUGCCCGGAAGGGGCAGGAAGUCUGCAUCAAAAUCGAGCCAGUGCCGGGGGAAGCCCCCAAAAUGGUGGGCCGGCAUUUCGAAAUCACCGACAUGCUCGUCAGCAAGAUAUCACGACAAAGUAUCGACGCCUGCAAGGACUAUUUCCGCGACGACUUGGUGAAAACCGAUUGGCAAUUGAUGGUGGAACUGAAGAAACUCUUCCAAAUUUUGUAACAAUCAGAGAUUUGCUUUUGUCAAUUCUGCUUCUUACAGGCUUGGUUUAACUGCACUGCUGUGUUUUUUUGGAAAACAUGGAAUAUUUUUAACCCGUCGUUGUGUUUUAUUCAAAAAUGAUACUUUAGUUACGAUUCGUUGUGGGUUUUUUUCUUUAUAUGCAUAUAAAUUGGUUGAAAUGAAUGUAUAUUUAUGAUAUAAUAAAUGAGAUACGAGAAA